AUGUCGCCUGUCCGAAUUCUGUCGCUCAAUGCCUUUCUCCGCCCGCCCGGAAUCAAUACAAAUGGAUGCGAUUAUAAGGACUUGAGGGAAGUGUUUGCCUUUGGAUCGUCUAGAAAAUCCAAAAUCGUUAAGGCUGCCAAGGCCAUCGGGUUUACCUACUCUGCAACGACACCGGGCAUUGGCCGGCUAAUUUCCCCUGUUGACGCCGGCCUCUUGAUUCUCAGCAAAUUCGAAAUAAGAUCCUUUUUCUGGAAAAUCUUGCCAUUGGGAUGGUAUGCUGAUAGAUUAGCGUCAAAGUCUUUUUUGCAUGCCGAAAUUUUGCUUCCAGGUGAGAAGAUCAUCCAUCUGAUUACGACUCACCUUCAAUCGACUCCACCCUCGUCAAAGGACUCGUCCAAAUACAAAAAAAUCCGAGAUUCGCAAUGUAAAGCCAUCAGGGAAUACAUCUACGAGUUCAUCAUAAAGGAUCCGGAAAUCCACCACGAUCCAAUUUUGCUUGUUGGCGAUUUGAACAUCGACGGUCGAGCUUCGCACGAUUCAGAAUACAAGGAGAUCUUCCAAAAGUACUUUAGCGAGUUUACCGAUUUGCUUUUAAAGCCUUGCUCUCGAGAACCGCUUGAAGCUCAACUCUCAAACGUGAAAAUUUGCGAUAAAAUGCUCCAAACGCCCG